AAUUUGCCAGUCAUUUAAAAGAUAUUUAAUAAAAAGUAGUAGAAAACAAUCAAUCAUGAUGAAAAAUAAUGAAGAAAAUGUGCAAUUAGUACUUCGAUCGUCAAAUCAUCAAAUAAUUUCUGUAAAAGAAUCGCUUGAUUCGCUUUUUGUUAAAGAUUUGGUAUCGAAAGUAUCUAAAAACAUCGAGAGCAGUAAUGUUGCGUUUAUUUUUCGAGGAAAAUUAUUAAAAAAUGAUUUAAAUUUGAAAAGUCAAGGAAUUAAAAGCGGAUCAGUAAUACAAGUUAUUCCGAAAAAAGAGCCACAAACGUCGAAAGAAAAAGAAACUUUGACAGAACAACAAGUCCAAGAAAUAAUUUGGUCUUUUCGCAAAAUAUCACCUAGCAUGUACCACAAAGCAUCUCGUCCCGAUUUUUUGGAGAAGAUUUUAAAAAUGUUCCCCGCGCUUUUUGGCAAUCUCAAUGCCGUUUCAAUCAUCAAAGACCCAAUUCUCUUGGCGACCUUAGGAAAUCCCGAUACGGUUCGAAGAUUAGCUGAGGGAAAUCGUGAGCUGAUUGACGUUUCCAAGAGUGUUGUGGAACAAUUGCAGAAAAAACCAUCUACCUCAACUUCUUAUGAAGAUCCAGAUUUAGAUUCAAGUUCAAGUUCCGAAGAUCAAAAUUCGGGAUCGCGUUCUAUUACAUCGACACAACUGGCUCAAGCUUUGGGUCAAGUUUUGUCUGGUACCUCAGAUGCAAAUAACGCUGCCAAUUCAGAAAAUCCCAAUAGAUCGGGAGAAAAUGUUGGAACACCACCAAAUCGCAUUACAUCGUCGAUGUUUUUGAAUGCAUUGUCUGAAGUCAUACGAAGCACUCGAAAUACGAAUGCGACAAGAAGCUCUGUUCAAACUGAACGAACCGAACCGAGAAAUUCGUCGCCAGAACCAAGAUCUGAGGAAAUAAAUAGCGCACAAUCCGCUUUGUACGCAAAUGAGUUGCAAAUCAUGCGAGAAAUGGGCUUGACGGACCCGAAUUUGUGCAUUCGAGCUUUGAUUGUGAGCAAUGGUGAUCUGGAAGCAGCUAUAAAUUUGUUGUUUAGUGAACGAAGUACUGACUAAAAUUUUUUUAUUGAAAAUUUGUUCACUUAAAAAACUCAAGAAAAGAAUUUUAAUAAAAAAAUAAAAAAAAAUUAAAAGGUCUGUAAGCAUUUUUUCUUAUGAAAAUCGUUUUUGAAGGCGUUUGACAAAAAAUAAAAUUAAAUUAAUAAAAAUUUUAAAAAUGAUUUUUCUAAGAAAAUCUUAAAAAAUUUGUAUUUUUGAUUAAAAAAUU